GACUACUCCAGUGACUCGAAAAAUGGAUCGAAAUAUAUACAAUAUCACCAUCGUCACCAACAGCAACGCUAAUACAUCCGGACCCAGUACAACAUUGGAAAGUACAGUGGGAAAAGAUAAAUUGUGUCUUCUAGUUAAGAGCUAUAGGUGCCUUUAUGAUACGAACGAUCCUUCUUUCCACAGUAAUAGAGAGAAGAUGAAAGCUUGGGAGAGUAUCGCUAAUGAUCUGGGAAAGUCAGUAUCUGAGUGCAAAGAGUGCUGGAAAACGAUACGAACUGGCUACAAAAGGUACAUCGAAAAAUGCAAAGUCAAUCCAAAUAUCCAACCUUACUAUUUGUCUGAACAUCUAACAUUUCUAGAACCAUUCGUAAGAAGAGAAGCUACAAAAGAAGAAGUACUAGUCAAGAAAAAUAUCCAAGCAUGGCGCAAGCGUAAGCACUUAACCAGUACCACUGUGGUUACAAAUACCAAUGUAAAGGCUAAGGGCUCAAUCAAGGACUACUUCAUUAUAUCGCCAAAGCGCUCAUGUUUAGGGAAUACUGAAAUAGUAAACAACAAUAAAGAGUUAGACAACACCCCAUCGACGUCAGCAGCAGCAACAGUAACUCGUUCAGAAGCAACAGAGCCACGAGCAGCAACAACAUUAGAAGCAGCAGCUAUAGCAACAACAGAGGCAACUAAGCACCAAUUUAUAGUCAACCAUGAAAAUGUUAACAACAAUGAGCAGGACAAUUUUACGCCGAUUUCAGACGAAGAAUGGGCAGCAGCAGUUAGAGCAAUGGAAACAAUGCAAACAAUAACAGAUUCACGAUCAGCAACAACAGCAAAAGACGCACCAGCAACAGAAGACAAAUAUCAGGAUAAUGAAAAUAAAAUUCAGUCUGAUGAUAAACGAUUUUUGGAAAACAUAUCGGAAGCAAUGCAAAAAAUGAAUGAUCGUUCGAAAAGUAAUUUCAAAGUUCAGGUUUAUGGUAUCUUGGAUAAAUAUCAAAAUACCUGCACUUAGCAAC